ACUUGUAAAAUACUGUUGGUUUUUUUGUCUUAGGUCUGAGGGUGACUGUGUUACUAACAUCAUCCCUCAUGGUACUGGGAGCUGGCCUGAGAUGUGUUCCGGUUUCAGACCUAGAAAUUAGAAAGAAGCUGAUUCAUGGAGGGCAGCUGUUAAAUGGCUUGGCGGGGCCGACUGUGAUGAAUGCGGCACCAUUUCUUUCCACGACGUGGUUUUCUCCGGAUGAACGUGCCACAGCGACAGCCAUCGCGUCGCUGCUCAGUUACCUGGGCGCUGCCGGCGCCUUCCUGGUGGGACCUCUUGUAGUGCCAUCUCCUAACGGGACAUCUCACCUCCUGCUGGCAUCGCAGAGCAGCACCGAGCACAUCAAGGACCGCAUUGAGGCUGUGUUGUAUGCAGAAUUUGGAAUGGUUUCCCUGAUAUUUUCUGCAGCGUUGGCCUACUUCCCCUCGCGCCCCCCGUUCCCCCCCAGCGUGGCUGCGGCGAGUCAACGGCUCAGCUACAGGAGAAGUUUUUGCAGACUCUUAAGCAAUUUCCGAUUCUUGAUGAUUGCUUUAGCUUAUGCUAUACCACUGGGUGUUUUCUCUGGCUGGUCUGGUGUUCUGGAUUUGAUAUUAACGCCAGUUCACGUAAGCCAAGUAGAUGCAGGCUGGAUUGGAUUUUGGUCUAUAGUUGGAGGUUGUGUUGUUGGCAUAGCAAUGGCAAGAUUUGCAGAUUUUAUCAGGGGCAUGCUGAAGUUCAUACUGCUGCUGCUUUUAUCUGGAGCAACGUUAGCAUCAACCUGGUUCACUCUCACCUGUCUAACUAGUGUCACUCAUCUGCCUUUAACCACAGCUACACUGUACACAUCCUGCAUUUUGUUGGGUAUAUUCCUCAACAGCAGCGUACCAAUAUUCUUUGAGCUCUUUGUGGAGACAGUCUACCCUGUUCCAGAAGGAAUUACCUGUGGAGUUGUCACCUUUUUGAGUAAUGUGUUUAUGGGAGUGCUUUUGUUUUUCCUCACGUUUUACCAUACAGAGUUUUCCUGGUUCAACUGGUGCCUCCCGGGAUCGUGUCUGCUCAGCCUCCUCCUCAUCCUCUGCUUCCGCGAGUCCUACGACAGACUCUAUCUCGACGUCGUCGUCUCCGUGUGAUGAUUCCAGACUGGUGAGAGGUUGGGAGAGAGACUGGAAGUCACCUUUGCGGUCUGCACAUCUGCCUGGAUUUGCACGGCUGAACAGCGGAAAAACAAAGAAAUUACAAGACUUAAUCGUGGCUUUAUUAGGGAGGGUGAGGGACAGGCUCUUCCUACCUUCGAGACCACCUUGAUUUGCGACAAACGUGGAACUGGAGCAGUGAUGACGAUGCCGAAAUGCACAAAGAGAAUUUAUCUGAUGUACAGGUCCCGGUGCCAGAGCUGGGGCGCUCUGUUUAAGAGGCUGUGGAUGUAGCAGUGGGGUGUACAGUUGUGUGGGUGUCUGUGGGCGUGCGUGUGUGUGUGUGCCGACUCAAGGCUGUACACACCGGGGUACCAGUAACCUUCAGAGUCUUCUAUCAGAAUAGAAAUAAUGAAUAAUCUUAACAAAAGGAAAAAAAAAAAAACCCACAAAAAAGAUUAAAAAAAAAAAAAAGAUUUUUUUUCCUUUUAAAGAUCUCUCUCUUAAAUCGCUAGUCAUUUAUAUAAUGAGCGUCUAUGAAACAGUUAAGCUAAAAUGAUUUGGUGCUUGUACACUACAUUUACAUUGUAAUAAAAUUACUUCUGAUAUAAGACACUGGUACCAGGGGUUUUAGCCGUACUAAAUAUCCCAAACAAUCCUUGGAGUGUUGUUAGAGGUGUUUGUUAUCACCCUGGAGCACAUGUAAACGAUAGCUUUAGCUGCCACUGAAGCCCAGUUUGCACCUGCAGUCACCUCUGAAAUACCACCAUGGGCCUGUAUCUCCUCAAACAGAGCAGCUGUGGUAUCUCAGAAGUUGACUGGAGUGUCACUCUGGGUAAAUGUUGCUGUUCUAAAGGCCACCACUGUGUCACCUUUUCAUCCCCUGUCUCCAGUACUGCCUUUUUUACUGUGAAGACCUGUUUGUGCCACUGAUUACUGUGGGUGUGGAUGUCCGAGUCCCACCAGUUCUCUUCUGAUACAACAAAGUGUGAGUGGUUUUUAGGACUAGUUUAUGAUUUGAGGGUGCCUAAACAAUACUGUUUGUUAACUCAAGUCUUUAAAAUUACCGUUUCCUAAAAAAACCCCACAACAUUAUCUUUCUAGUUGAUGAGGUGCCCUGAUGGCAAAAUGACAAUGAGUUUGACAAUGAGAAAUAACUCAUGAGUUUGGCAUAAUAUGGGAAAUAUAAUGCCAGCUCUUUUUAUCAGUACUAAUCUGUGGUCGUUUUGGCCUUACUUGAACAUAAAUACUAAAGACACUUUGAAUAGUUUUUUAACUCAAUUUUAAACCUGCUAAUAAUUUCUUAAUUAUAUUCUUAGAUUUCAGUUCAGCAUCAUUUACAGUAUUUCCGUGUGUGUGUGUGUGUUCUGUGCUUUGUGUAAGGGGUGCGUGUUUGAGCGUGUGCCUGUGUAUUUAUAUCUAUGUAUACACAAAUAAAACUUAUAUAUAUAUAAUUUUAUAUAUAAGUUAAUAUAAGGGUAUGUGUUUACAUAGGUUUGUUUUAAGUAACCAUGUCUCUGGAUGGUGGGAUGCCACUGUUUGUAACCAUAAACCAGUCACUGCUGUGAGUGGAGAGGGGAACAUACUCUGUCUGUGACGUGAGGUUUUUUUCCAGGGGGUGAAUGAUUUCCUCCCCUGGCAAUUUUAUCUCCGGGGGUGCAGUCACCUGUUGGAGGAGGCUGGUUGCUGCAGGGUCCCACACGGCCAUGGAAGGCUGAGUCAAAGACCCUCUGCUCCUGGGGGGGCUCUUCCCUGCCACUCCCGGGGUGACACCGACGCCGUCAGCUCACUGGAGUCAACCCUGAACUGAGGCUGCCUCCCGGACACGGGUCUGGUCAUUCUGCCCCCUCUCCCUCUGCAGAGAGAACCCCCCACUAAUUCCUUCCACUCAGGAGUGUAUCUGUGCAGUAAAAUAAAACAAGCUGUUCCCUGCUUUUA